AUGAUUAUUUUAUUUUGGUACCUGGAUACUCCUCCGCUGUAUUUAUCUAUAUUAGCAUUUUAGGUUUUACAUUUGUAAGGAGAUACAAAACCCUCCCAAUCAAUCUAAGGCUAUUAAUUCCAUAUAGAGCUGUUAUGGUUGAAAUAUUGAUGGAAUAUGGCUAUAAAAUAGCAGAAAAUCUAAAUAUCGCUAUGUAAGUUAUAUCGUGCAGCACUACUUUCUAAUCACGUCUACAGCACUUAAAUUACCAUUUGCAUGCAUUUGAUUCUAAUGAAAGAGGUUGUGAUAAUGUAACCAAUAGCAGGGCAUCAUGCAUGAUUCAGCAAAACACGCCUCCUUAUUGCUUUCAUUUUGUGUACUACAGUAUGCUGAUGUUUGAUUUUCCCAGUUGCUGCGAGGUGGAAAACCAUCUCAAGGACACCUGCUAAUCUUGUUUUUGCUUCUGCUUUAGUCUCGGGAUCCGAGCACAUGGAAUAAUUCCUUCAUCAUGAUCGUUUCAGUGCUUAUUUACAACAUUACCGUGCAGAACCUUUGCUGUUCACAAUCAUUAGGUGCGGCGAAAUGAGAUUCCCGAAUCAUUAGACGAGCGGGGAUUUUUUGUUGAAGGGGCAAGAACAAUAGACUGCUUUUGUUAGCACUUCUGUCUGGGUGUAAGAAACCAUCACAAUUACGCGCACCGCAAACGGCUGUAAUUAUGGUGAGAGCAUUCGUCUUUUUUUCCUCCCAUUAAAAGCUUCUCCGCGUAUCACACUUAUAGUCCUCUGAACGGGGCUGUUUUUCAUCCGGCUCGCCCUGUAAACACUAUCUCAUUUUGCUGAUGGCUUUCCGCUGGUGACAAAACGGCGUCUGAAAAAAGACGGGGCCAAAAAUGCCAGCUAGCAGUCUUGGGUUGUUUUAUUGUUCUUUUCGCAGUUGCGGCGCACUGCUAAUCGUAUUUUAGCUGCAGCGAGUGUUCAUUAGCAUGCGGCUCCACGCCGGGCCUGGAAUCAAAAGGCCUGACCGUGUCCUGGAGGUGGGCUAGCCGAACACGCGCUCGGCUUCUGUUGUAGUUUUGCAAGUGAAUGGCUUGAUGCUAAUCUGCACGGGAAGAUAAGAACACGGCUACAAUUAAAAACACAUUAAAAACAGAAAAUAAUCGCAAGCCCAAAACAUUCCAGGCGAGUUCAAUAAUUACAUCAAGCGGCGUAUUCCCUGUUGGAGGAGCAAUUUCUGAUUAGACUUGAACGUAGUUUAUGGUAAUUUCAUUAUGUUUGAACAUUGCGGGGGGAGGGGGGAUCCGUGCGAUAAGUAACUUUUAAUGUUCUCGCUGGGUUUAAAAUGGAAAAACAAAGAGUCUUUUCUUACAGUAACUCUCAAAGGUAAUUUAUAAUGGGUUAGCGGAGCAUAUGUAGCAUGGGAAGGACAAAAGGCGGGAAACGUGCAUAAAUUGACCAGCGCGCUUGUGUUCAUAAAGCAGCCAAUUUAAAUGUAGUGUUCAGCUAAUGAGGCUGCUCUCCCCUUUGAGUGCUUCCCUCCCCUAACUGACCUAUUGUUGCCGGUGUUUGUUUGUUAUCUUACUGUGCUAAUGACAUCUAAUCUCAGUUGUAGGCCUUCUCCUUCUGGACUGUGUAUGCUUUCAUAACGCUGCCUUAAGCCGGUUUGAUGGCUGCGUUCAUUCAUUCUCCCUGUACUUUUGUUUCCUUCAGAGACGACAGAGCAUCUGCCGUUGCGGUUUCCCAGUUUUUUUGAACUCGCCAUCUGAACCUUGACCUCCAUCAUAACCUUGGAAAUCGCGGCCUACCUGAUAACAUUUGAGAAGCAUGAAGAGUGGCUGACGACGUCCCCCAAAACCAGGCCGCAGAAUGGCUCUAUGAUCCUCUACAACAGGAAGAAGGUGAAGUACAGAAAAGAUGGCUACUGCUGGAAGAAGAGGAAAGAUGGCAAAACCACACGGGAGGAUCACAUGAAGCUCAAAGUGCAGGGAGUCGAGUGUCUGUACGGCUGCUAUGUCCACUCCUCCAUCAUCCCCACAUUUCACCGCCGCUGCUACUGGCUGCUUCAGAAUCCUGACAUUGUGCUGGUCCACUACCUGAACGUGCCCGCCAUAGAGGAUUGUGGAAAGCCGUGUGGGCCCAUCCUCUGCUCCAUCAACACUGAUAAGAAAGAAUGGGCCAAAUGGACCAAGGAGGAGCUCAUCGGACAGCUCAAACCCAUGUGUGCUGGAAGCAGCCUGCAUCACAAAUGCAACAGUGCCAAACACCGUAUCAUCUCCCCAAAAGUGGACCCACGUGCCGGAGGCGCCUACAGCAGCACCCACUCCGAAGUCCAAAACAACGAUGUGUCAGAAGGAAAGACGGAGCACAGCCACAGCGGCGGAAAGAACGGCCGAGCAGGAGGAGAUGGAGCCGCUGGAGCAGGAGGCAGAGAGAAAAGAAACGGCAAAGUGCACAAACCAGCCCUACUCCACCAGAACAGCAUGGAGGUGUCCUCGACCAAUCAGGUGGAAGUGCCGGACACCACCCAGAGCUCACCCGUCUCCAUCAGCAGCGGUUUAAACUCUGACCCGGAUAUGGCAGACAGUCCUGUGGUGACCGGAAUGGGCCAUGUAGCUUCAGUAAUGAGUAGUCUAUCUCAAUCCGCAACUGUAUUCAUGUCCGAGGUCUCUGGAGAUCCUGUCUAUAGCAUGUCGCCCACUGUAGACCCCAACGCUCACCUAUUGGGUCCCGACCCAGCCUCCAGCAGCCUGGUGUUAGCAGUGACAGCCGAAAGCCACAAGUUUGCCUUUGCUAAUGCGGUAGGGUUAGCGGAUCCAGCGUCCGCUGAUGGACUGGGUAUGUUGACAACAGCCGGUGUGUCCGAAGAACUGGUGCUGUCUAGUAACCUGGAAACAGGAAGUAUUAAGUUACCCGAAACCAAUAUGAACUUUGACCCCGACUGCUUUCUCAAUAACCCCAAACAAGGUCAAACCUACGGAGGAAACGGGAUGAAGACGGAGGAGAGCAACGGGAGCAGCUGCAGUAACGGGAUGCGGUGUUCUCCACCACUCGGAGAUAACGGUUACAGCUUCAACGCAGCCCUGGUCAAAAACAUCAAGACGGAGGACACGUCAUUCGAACAGCAGCUGGCUAAAGAGAGCGGCUAUCAGGUUGGAGAUGCAAUCGGUGCAAUCUCCGCUUCCUCAAGCACCAAUUCCGGUCAAAACUCGCUAGCUUUGACUCCCACCGGAUCUCUGCUGCCGUCUGGAGGUGGACUCAGUCCCAGCACCACACUGGAGCAGAUGGAUUUCAGUGCAAUUGACGCCAAGCAAGACUAUCCAGCUAGUGUUAUAGCAGCAGCGAGCUACAGCCAAACCCAUCUGGCCCACCAGAGUCACUCCCCCAGCUUCUUCCUGCAAGGUUCUCCUCAAUCCCAGAACCACCAGAACAACUCCGUCUCCACCCAGAACUCUCACGACUCCAAUGCCUACAUGGGAUUGUCAGUAGUCAAAACGGACUCGUCGGGAACCAACGGGGAUUUCCACCACCAUCACCAUACCCUCACAAACCAGCACACUGCCUCCAACUGCAACGGUGGAUCUCCAACUGAACGCAACAACGGACAGGCAGGUUCACUUCAGAUUCUGCAGUACCAAAACCGCUUUGCGAGUACAGGUCAGGAGCAUGAGGAGAUGAGCGGUUUGGAGCAGUCGACGGGAGCAGAACAAGAAGGAGGAGGCAUUCAGGAGAAAGAUUCGGAUGGUAGGAUGAAGCAAGGCGAUCACUUGCAGACUGGUGAAGCUGAGGGUGUAGGAGGCGCUGAGCACUACCUCCAGCAGCCGACGGAGACUGGGGGAGUAGGAUCUGGAGGAACGAGCGCAAGGGAAACUGGAAACCUGUGCAAUGACACCGAUAAUAACACCUCUAAUAGUUCCCAUCAACAGCUCCUGCAGGGAGCCGGGUUGGUACCUGGACUUUUUAGCGCCGUAGGCGCACAUCAAACCCUGACCAGCACUGGCACCAACGGAGGAGGCUCUAUGGAGAUCAACUUAGACCAUUUUGAUGUUUCAUUCGGGAAUCAGUUCUCAGACCUCAUCAAUGACUUCAUUUCAGUGGAGGGGGGAAGUGGUACAGGGGUAGUCCCAGGUAGCAAUGCUCUCUACAGCCAUCAGCUGAUCACCCAUUCGGGAACAGAGGGGCAGGUCUCCUCUGGUACUGCAGCUCAGCAGGGUGGAGAUGAAGGAGCUCAUGGGGCGAGAGGGUAUAAUUCGGCAGAGCUUUGCCUACAGCCCUGCUGCAGCCCGCAGUCCUCACAGUCCGGAGCGGUGGCGGCCGAGGCGGGACAGCUGGCAUACAUGCAGGUUGCUGAGGCAGUGUCGGCUGCUGUGGCUCAUGGGAACAUGGGAAUGUUACAGGCCACCGGGAGGCUAUUUGUGGUGACGGACUAUUCUCCAGAGUGGUCUUAUCCUGAGGGUGGAGUGAAGGUGCUGAUCACUGGUCCAUGGCAGGAGGCCAGCAGUGAAUAUACCUGCCUGUUUGACCAGAUAACAGUUCCAGCCUCCCUCAUCCAGCCCGGGGUGCUACGCUGUUACUGCCCAGCUCAUGACACAGGAUUGGUGACCCUGCAGGUGGCAGCCAGCAGUCAGAUCAUCUCCAACUCAGUGGUGUUUGAGUAUAAAGCCCGUGCCCUGCCUGCCCUGCCCUCCUCCCAGCACGACUGGCUCUCUUUGGAUGAUAACCAGUUCAGAAUGUCCAUCCUGGAACGCCUAGAGCAGAUGGAGCGAAGGAUGGCAGAGAUGGCCGGUCAGCAGCAGCAACAAGGUGGAGGAGGAACAUCCGAAAGUGGUGGAACCACAACCGGAGAAGGAGGAAGAAGCAACUCUGAACAGGCACAGUUCUCACCAAUUCAGGGUCAGAGCCAGGGACAAGCUCCGGCUGGGAGCUCAUUCGAAAGCCGUGUGGUGGUCGUUUGUGAAAAGAUGAUGAACCGAGCCUGCUGGGCCAAAUCCAAACACCUGAUCCACUCCAAGACGUUCCGGGGCAUGACUCUUCUUCAUCUGGCAGCUGCCCAGGGCUACACCACGCUUAUCCAAACACUUAUCAAGUGGCGCACCAAGCAUGCAGACAGCAUUGACCUGGAACUUGAAGUUGACCCUCUAAAUGUGGAUCAUUUCUCUUGCACACCACUGAUGUGGGCUUGUGCUUUGGGUCAUAUGGAGGCUGCAGUGGUUCUCUAUAAGUGGGAUCGGCGGGCUUUGGCUAUCCCAGAUUCUUUGGGUCGCUUACCACUGGCUAUCGCUCGCUCCCGUGGCCACACCAAGCUGGCAGAGUGUCUGGAAAGCCUUCAAAGGGAGGAGCAGCAGUCAGGAGCACUGACUACAACUCCCAGCAUGCCUUUCUCACCGUCUACCGAGGCCUCAGCUGCAGAGGGAUGGAUGAAUGUUUGGGGUGCAGAGGCUACUUCUGUAGGACUGAAAGAAAGCAACAUCGCUAGUUCUGCUUCCAGCUCAAGCUCAGAUUUAAGGAGACCCAGGUCGGAGCCAUCCAGUUUCUAUAGCAGCGUUAAUCACGGGGACGCUCCGUUAAGCAAGAAACACAAACCCAACCCCGAAACCCUGCAAACUCGUCCCAGCAAAUCCUGCUCUGCCCCCCUUGGACUAGAAGAACAUUCCCACAAGCCUAAAACAUGCCCUUCCAAGCCGAGGGAUUCUGCUGUGGAGAAAGAGCAAGGAGAUGGUGAACAGUCUCAGAAUAAAGUGGGCUCAACCUGUGGAGGUGGGCGCUGGGGUUCCAGACAGGCUGCAGGACGGAGAGUAUCAACUACAGGACUUGGCAAGGAAAGACUCGCGAAUAGACUGAGAUUAAGAGAAAUUGCUAGUGCGGGAACAAUCUCUGAUCUGAGGACAAGCCAGGAGGAUCUGGAGAACACAGGAGACCUGCAGAAUAUGAACAUGAUGACUUUGGCUGAGGAAGUUAUCGAGGCGACAUCCGAUCGCAUCAAGAGGGAAAACUUUGUUGCGUCAGACACUUCUCUAGACGGUGUUGGAGUCAGCAGUACCAUGAGUUGGUUGGCCAGUUACCUUGGAGAUGCAGAGAGGUUCCUGUUUAACAAGCCUCUAACUUCCUCUCCUGGCCUGGGAACGGUCCACGGUGGAGCACAGCCAGAACUUGACGGCCCUCUUGGGAAACUUGGCAUUCAGUCCCCUGCUGAAUGGACUGCGCUCCUUAAUGCCUCCCACAACAAGGAGGAGCGUGACUUGACCCAGCUGGCCCUGUCGGAUCCUGAACAGAGGGAACUUUAUGAGGCAGCUCGCCAGGUCCAGAACACUUUCCGCAAGUACAAGGGUCGGCCACUUCGGGAGCAGCAGGAACUGGCAGCUGCUGUCAUUCAGCGCUGUUAUAAGAGGUACAAACAGCUGACAUGGAUAGCCUUGAAGUAUGCACUUUAUAAGAAGAUGACGCUGGCCGCCAUCCUUAUCCAGAGUAAAUUCCGCAGCUACCACGAACAGAAGAAGUUCCAGCAAAGUCGCAAGGCAGCCGUGCUGAUCCAGCAAUAUUACCGCAGCUACAAAGAGCUUGGCCGACCGAACCCACGCAGCCGAGCCACUGCAGCUGCACUGGUGCAGCACAAACUCAGAAGCAGUUUACUGACCAAGCGACAAGACCAGGCUGCCAGAAAAAUCAUGCGCUUUCUGCUGCGGUGCCGUCACAGCCCCUUGAUGGACCAUAGACUAUUCAAACGGGGCGAAAGAAUUGAAAAAGGCCAAGGAACAUGAGAACGCCGCAAAGAGCCCCGUCGCAAUGUAACAUCUCCGAGCAGACCCUUUCUCUUCCACUUCAACUGCGUUUUUACAAGAGACGAACACUUUAGAGGAGGAAAAAAAAGCAAAAAUUCUUCAAGAAGCGGAGCGUGUCAUCGGACGUGCGGCGGUUGAACUCUAGCAGCGUUGUGACUGAUUCUGCAUUGUGUAUUUUCUCGCUACGGGGGAACUGAAAUCAAGACUAUUGGGGAAAUAUGACAUUAUCUUCAUGGCAUUUUUGCACUCUUCAUAGAUUUUUUUUCUUUAGAUUAUAAGAAAAAAAAGGAAAAAAAAAACGAACGAAGACCAAGGAGCAGAGGCUUUUUAUUCUGACGACGCUUGUAAAAUAUCACGCGACAUGAACAGAUGGAAAUCAGAAAAACGUCAUGCUGGAAGCCGCUUCAGAUUACAUUUUUAUAUUUUGAAAGGAAAAACACAGCAAUCAGUUUGGAACAAAAAAAAAAAAAGAACAAAACCUAAUGUAAAAUGUAAACCAAAAAAAGGCCUCAUUUCAGUGACCAUAUGCAUGCCGAGUAUUUGAAAUCAGUCUCUCAUUCUCCACAAAUCUUUGUUUUUGACAAAUGCUGUCGGUUCAUUCAAAGGGAAGCCUUCAUAUGAAUGUAGAUGGGGUCAGGGCAAAAAAAAAUGCUGGGUUUGAAAUAUCAGUGUCUUACCUUUGUCUUUACGGGGGUUAUAGGGGACUUCUGACGACAUCUUGUGGGAUUGAAGCAAAGCCCUCUGGGUUACCUGUUUCGUGUGCACUGUUUUCGACUUUCUUAUGGGUCCUUUUCUUAAUGUCAUUUUUGCUGGCCUGACUUUGUGUGUCCCGUGUUUGUUGAAUUGAAUCUGGAUACAGUGCAUGUGUUUGAGCGAAACGCUCCUGCAUGCUGACGUAAAUGUUUUGUGUUUUAUUUUCACUCAUUCAUUCAUAUUGGUGAUAUUGUGGCACCAUCAAACUAGCCUAGUCCUAUGUUGCCUGUUUGUUUUCUGAGAAUAUUAUUAUAAAGACUAUUAUUUUUGUAUAGUUCUGUUAUUUAUUUUAGUAGUAUUACUGGGUUUUGCUUAAGCGUUUUAUUUUAAUUGUGCGAAGGAUCGAUGAUCCUUUUUGUUUUGAAAACUGACUUUUUUUAUGUGAAUUGUGCCACAGCGCCAAACGUAUAUUUGCAAAGGUUAUCUUCCAUUAAUGUGUGCGCGUGCGUGUGUGUGUGCGUGUUGUGAUACGUUUCUUCAUUGUUACUGUUCGUGAUUUCCAACAGCUCCAGAAAGCCACCACAGGCUUUCCCAAGGAGAUUCACUGAACAUUGCCUUGACUUCUUGACUUUUUGAAGGGUCCCUAUACAGAAGCUUCAACAAAAAAAAACAACAAAAAAAUCCAUAUUUUUGACUAUUGAGUGGUCCCUGUAUAUAUAUCGAAGAUGGGUGAAGGAGCAUUGAUAGCCAGAAACUUUUUCCGAAGAGGAUUGUAUUUAAGAAUAUAUAGUAUUUUAUUCAUAAAUUGGAUUAUAACACAUUAAGAGACGAACAAAAAAAUAUAUUGUAUAGUUUUCUUUGAGCGCCCAAGAUGUACGGUUGUAUUGUUUGUAAAUACUGUAAAUAUCGGUUGCGAAGAAGGAGCCAUGUGCAUGAAACUUUAAGACAUUGAACAUAAUGUAAAGAUAAAAAUGUAGUGGCAACGGUCUGUAAUACGAGUCGAACAACUUUACUAUAAGACUUUGUUGGAAAUGUUCUUACGCAGAGCGUUCUCUAAAGCAUGACAUGAAUCACGAUAAAACCGUAGAUUUAGCAGAAGAGCCAAACAAAUCCGUCAGACACAACUGGAUUAUUAUUAUUUUUCAGGGUUAGAGAGAAUUAUUUUCUUUAGUUCUUCUUCUACAAAUGGUGACCAGUCAUAUGAAUACUACUAUAAGCUACUCCUUUUGAGAACGACGAGUCUAUUGAACGACAAACAUCACUCAUACACCCAACAGAGGAUGAAAUGUGUCCACAGGUUUUUUUUGUUGUUGUCUUGUUUAACAUGACUAGGAAUAUUCUCACAUUUAAUCGUCUCCUCAGUAUUAAACAAUGGAGGUUAAAAGUAGGUCAUGUCAUAUUAAACAUGAUGUUGACGUGAGGGUUGUGAUUGGUUAUUUCAAGCAGGCGAUUCCCAUACACAUGCUAGAAAAUAUCACAUUCAAAGAGGUUCAAGCAUAUCGUAUCGCUUAAAACAUACAUUUCUACGACUGCCAUGCGCUCAUAUUAUUCUUAUUCAUAGCUUUAUUUUCAUUUCUCGGGGGGCUGCUACCGACAUUCAAAACCCCAUUGUUGAGUCACGCACAUUCAUAUUGAUUUGUCCUCUUUUUGUUGCUCUUUUCACAGCACAUUCGUGAAUAUCUUUCACAAUUUCCCAGAAAGAAAUUCGAGACUAACCUUCCCCCUAAAUUUCCAAAGUGAUUUCAGCUGACAGGAGGCAUCAUUUAAACUUACACCAGCACAUUUUGCCUAUUAAGAUAUAUUAAAUAAAAGGACAUGGAAAGAAUGUGGUGCUGAAUAAUUAUAUAGUUUUACUAUCUAUUCCCCACUCAGAGACUCAGUGUUAUUAUAGAAAGUGCCUAAAAUAUUCAACCAAUAUCAGGAGUGUUUGAUUCCUAAAGUCGACUGCUCUUUUUUUGAUGGUAUACAGCACUAAAAUAAACGGAGCCCAGGUUUGUUUUCUCCCCUUAAACUUGAACAUGAAGCACCUGCCAUAUUGGUUUUGUCGCCUAUUCAUUGACUUCACUUCAUGUCUCCAGUUAUGACUAAUGUUUUUGCACAUUAUGCAUGCAUGCUUUCAUUAUUUCUUUCGUUUUGUGUUCUUUCCCAUGUCAUAUCUAAACUGGGCCAGGAAAGUAGGACAUGAAAGUUGGCACAUUAUAUAAUAAUUUCAUCCGGAAAACCAUUGCUAGAUUCAAGUCAGAGCACAACUCCUCAUAAAGGUGUCCACCUUCUCCAUCCCAAUGCUAUUCUUCUGUCGUUAAACUUCAGGAAAUCAUCCGAACUCGCCAGGAAAACUGUUUAUGGAUCUCCAGGUAUAUGUAUCUCAGUAACUUUCUGUUUGGGUCAUUCGUACGGGAACAGAAGAACAAAUCUGCCUCCCUUAUGUAGUUUUUUACUCAGGGUGCUAAAACAGGGAGAGGGUGUUUCACACGGAGACUAGAGUAGGUUAGGUUCAAAGUCUCCGGGUUCAGCUCAGAAUCAACAGGAGAAACCACUGGGGGUGUGUAUACUUCCAUUCGCUUCUUUACAAACCACAGCUUUCGGAGACAUGACUGUGACUCGGGUUACAGGAUAUUAUAGGCUAGACCGCGUGUGUUUAUAGAGUUUUUACGACCAUUAUUUCCAAAUCUGAGCAGGUAUCAUCGUUCGUGCAGGUAUCAUCGCUCAUUUAGUAGUAUUACCACAUCCCCGUGGGAUUGGGAAUGCAUGAUAAGUAUACCUCAGCGCCAAAUACCUUCAGAAAAGGCGGGAGAUCCAGUCCUCUUAUGAAACAGCUCAGUAUGCGUGCAUCUUUUACGUCGACCGGAUCAUGCUUUCCGUAUUUUUGUGUCAGAGAAGAGAAAUAAUAUGCACUUUGUACAGCUCACCAUCCCAGUUGAAUUUCCUCUCCGAGUCCUGGUGUGUUUUGCGCGCGCACGUGCGCGUGCGUAUGUGUGUGUGUAUAAAUGUGCUAUAUCUCGACGUAUGAACACCGAUGAGCACGCGUGGAGGUUUUAGCCGAAUGAGAGGAAAACACUAGUAUUGGUGCAGUUGGAAGUUUGUACGAUGUCCUACAAAAUCCUCUGUUUGGAACUCCGGAAAUGCAGGUUUUAGGCUUAAACUGAACCGCAAAAACCACCCGAUUAUAAGCUUUUCACUUACAAGUACAGAGCAAUAAACACUUUGUUUUUAGCUGAGCUCUUUAGGUUGAAAGAAUACGGAUAUGUCAAACAUAAAAUAUAAAGAAAAAUAGAAAAAAACAGACAUUGGGACAUGCUUAGUUCACUUCCUCUUAUGCAAUUACAGGUACACAGAGAGAGGUGUUCAGUGGUCUGUGGACAUUGAUUUCAUAUUUCCCAGCCCUAAUGCACGUUUUCAUCAUUUUAAAAUGAAGAUAGUAAAAAAAAAAGAUAAAAUAUGAGCCCAUAUUUCUUACAGGGCAGUGGGCUUUCAACACUCUGCAUGUGAAGCUAGUAUUAGACCUCUGUUUUUCCUCCCUCUCUCUCUCGCUCUCCCUCUCUCUCUCUCUCUCUCUCUCUCUCUCUCUCUCUUGCUCUCUCCUUCUCCUUCAUUCCUGCUUUGUGCUCCUCGUACUCUCCUCUCCUCCUCUGAUGAGUUUUGCCUCAUGUUGUUUUCUCGGCCGUCUCCCUCUUUCUGUCCUUCUUGUGAGUUUUUGGUUUGUUUCCUUUGGUUUCUUUUUGUUGCAGUUUUGUAACUGUGCAUGUGAGAGCAUCACUGAAUUGUUGGAUAUGUUUUAAAAAAAAAUAAAAUAAAUAUUCAGCUGCUGAAGCCAUGCAAAACAUUUUGAAUUGCCCUUAAAAUAUGGAAAAUGUUUUCUGAAUGCUUUAUAUAAUUUCUGCUGUAAAAUAAAACCUUAAAAGAGAAA